AUGGGCUCCGUCGUGCCCUCUAGAGUUCCCUUACGGGAACAGCUGAUCGAUUCGAACCGCAGGCCACUGCUCGACAAAGUCAUAGACACCCCAGUAUCGUACAAGCACACCCAGAAAAUCUCAACUCCACCAGAAACCAUUGCUCCUGCUUUCAGACCGAAACAUGUUGAACCCGUUACCACCCCUACUUCCACGAAACAUAUCCAUCCCAGCCUUGCGGGAGGUACCAGCAAGUCAGCACUAUUAUCACCCGCGUUCUCGUCGCCCCAGCGUCAACUGCAGGUUCGAACCUAUGCUCCCAUCAGUUUUGAAAUCCCUUCUAAACCAUCGUUUUCUAGUCAAGUUCCUUCAAGUGCCACUUCAAGUCGCUUUUCCGACGAAAUUGAUGAAAAGCCCGCGAAAAAGAAGGCUAAAAGGUCGAAAAGGGAGUCUAAAGUGGACUCGUUUGACAUGGAUUCCAACGAAAAACCACCGUAUUCUUAUGCUACCCUCAUUGGUAUGUCUAUUUUAAGUCACCCAGAUAAGAGGUUAACUCUUUCACAAAUCUACCUGUGGAUCUCGGAAACUUUCCGCUACUACCGCCGGGAAGAUGUCGGAUGGCAGAAUUCGAUCCGUCAUAAUUUGUCUCUUAAUAAGGCGUUUAUCAAGGGAGAAAAAUCUCGCGAUGGUAAGGGUCAUUUUUGGUGCAUCGAGGAAGGAUGUGAAGAUCAAUUUCUCAAGUCUCGCAGCAGUAAAAAGCACUCGUACCAAGAAAUCAUGGACCAUAUUCAAUCGUCCAUCAAAUCUCGCCCAAUGAACCAACUACCCUCACUGCCCAAUGCAGAUCACGCAUCUCGUCAAACCCUGCAAGAUGAUAGUCCCGUGCUCGAACCACCCUAUAAGAAACGCAACAUUGAUGGUGAAGAAAACAACGUCGAAACCAUUCCUGAUUUAGGAGCUCCGUUCACUAGCUGGCAGCCUGCAUUCCGUCUUAGCACAAGUGCUACACCGCUCCAUCGUACACCCCAGGUUGUGGUUAGCGAGUCUCCCGUAAAGCCAAUGUUGGCAGGCAAGAACCUCACUUACACCUCAUCUUUCAGUUGCAACUCCAAUUUGGAAUUUUCGCCAAUAAGACCCAACGAAACCGGACCAUUGCUCGAACCUCUCACCCCAUCCAACAACAAGAACCGAAGUAUUUCGGUGAGCCUUUUAGGUAACCCCAUUCCGUCCCUUCACUACCAACCCAAUCUGCAACAGUCUCAGCAUACACUCUCCUUGCCAUACUUGGCGAAAACACCCAAGUCUGGUACGAGAACGCCGCUACGAACACUCAAAACACCCCAAAGUGGGUCAAUGAUGCGUCGUUUAUGGCAUUCUCCAUCUUAUCUCGACGAGUUCUACUACUCGCCGCUUGUCAUGUCGUCGCAAGGAGCUUUGAAUUCUUAUGAUGAUGACGACAUGAUAUUGAGAGCUUUCGAACUGCCGGCAGUUACGAGAGAGAGAAAGACCGAUGAAUCGGGACGAAACUUGUUCAAUGAGUUGAAGAAUAUCAAGGACGUUCGACCCCAGGAAAAACAUAUUCCUGACGGUCAUAAUCGUAAGACAAGCUCUUCCUCGACGGAGUCUGAUGUUUAA